AUUAAAUGCAUUGAUUGUCUACCUUCGAACCAUAUUUGUUGCGUGUGCUGCUGCUUAUUUCUAUGCUUGGUUUCGUUUCCAAAAACACCUUAGAAGUCCCUCACGAUCAGUUAUAAGAGUCUAUAAGCAAUUAGAUUACCUAUAUGGCCUAAUUUAUGCGAGUGAUGUGACAUGUAUUGCCCAACUACGGAUGGAUAGACAAUCAUUUCAUAAAUUAUGUCAAAUUCUUGUCACUAGAGGACAACUACGACUGACUCGAAAUGUGUCUGUAGAGGAGAUGAUUGCAAUGUUUUUACAUAUUCUUGCACACCAUAUUAAGAAUCGCACAAUCAAGUACAACUUUAGUAGGUCCGGUCGAACAAUUAGUAAAUAUUUUCAUGAGUGUUUGAAAGCAAUGAUUCGAUGCCAAAAGGAUUUUUGGAAAACACCCGAGCCUAUCCUUGAGAACUCAACGGACCCAAAGUGGAAGUGGUUUAAGAAUUGCUUAGGAGCACUAGAUGGAACCUAUAUUAAGGUGCGUGUACCAGAAUUGGAUAAACCAAGGUAUAGAACGAGGAAAAAUGAAAUAGCAACAAAUGUUUUUGGAGUAUGCUCUCCGGACAUGCAGUUUAUAUAUGUUUUUCCCGGAUGGGAGGGUUCCGCACACGAUGGGCGAGUCCUUAGAGAUGCUGUGACUAGGAGAAAUGGAUUGAAAGUCCCUAACGGUUAUUACUAUUUAGUUUAUGGUGGCUACACAAAUGGAAAAGGUUUUCUUGCACCUUUUAGAGGACAACGAUAUCAUCUCAACGAUUGGAGAGAUGGAUACCGACCUACAACACUGGCGGAGCUUUUUAAUAUGAAACAUUCAAGCGCUAGGAAUGUCAUUGAAAGGUGUUUUGGACUAUUAAAAAUGCGGUGGACAAUUCUUAGGAGUCCAUCAUUUUAUGACAUUACAACACAACGCCGUAUAAUUUCAGCGUGUUGUAUGCUCCAUAAUUUUAUAAGAAGAGAGAUGCUUGUAGAUCCUAUGGAAGAUAAUAUGAACACUCAAUUGCAAGAUGGAAAUUUAGAGGCGAAUAACUACAUUACCGUUGUUGAGUCCUCAGAUGAGUGGACUACAUGGAGGCAAAACCUUGCUCUAGAAAUGUUUAACACUUGGAGAGCAGCUAGGGAAGCUAGGGAAGCUAGGGAAUCUUAAUAAGUUAAUGCAACUAGUUAUGUUUUCUUUAUUUUUAAUGUGCGUGUAAUGUGAUAAAGACAUAGACAUUAUUUGUAUGUCU